GAAGAAAACGAAAACAAUUUGAUUUUGAAAAAAAAAAAGAAAAAGAGAGAAAUGGAGAGUCUGAGCAGCAACAAAGCGAGCUCAUUGCCAUCGUCGAGAACGAAAAGAAAGAAGCAGAAGAUUUGUCUAGCCGACUACAUCGAUUUCCUUUCCUCUCACAGACAACUCCCUCUCACCGUCAAUUUCCUCAACCAGAUUAUCUCCAUUCACGGUUUCAAGAAAUUGAUCAAGGUUCCCAAGAAAGCGGUGAGGGAUGCGGUGGAGACGCUGGAUCUGAUGGAUCCAUCUCGUUCCACGCUGAAAUCGAGCAUAUCAUCGAGCGCAUGGCUGACAGAGGAGGAGAUAAUCGGAGACCUCUGCCGUCUGGAAUGGCAAGAGUGCUGCGUUACCUCCAUCCAAGCCCUAAACUCGUCAACCGAACAACAAUCCAUCCCCAAAGCCAAAGCCAAAAGGAAGAGAAGAGCGCGCGUCUCUAUUGCCGAAGGCGCUGACUCUUUGUCCUCCGCUUUAGUUUCCUUUCAAUCAUCUUGAGAUUUGAGUUUCAUUGGUAUGUAUUCCAACUGUCUUUCUGUUUCAACAUAUUUGUAAUUUCUUCUCUGAUUGAUUGUUAACCUGUUUUUUAGGCGGGAGAAUAACGGUAGACCUGUGAUUUUGGAGAAGUUAGAAGGGUGUUUUUGGAGUUUCACGGGUUGUUGAAAAAAUGUAAUUAGCAAAAUGUUUUUGUUUAUUUUGUUGUAAUCGCAGAUUUUCCAUUAAAUGCUCUAUUAUUGGAUUAGAUUAGACUAAGUAAUGUUAGAAUGUAAGUCGUCGGUGUUUGUUCUUUGGUCUGAUCCAAAGCCAACAUCCAAAUUCCGUUGGCUAUGACAAACUGAUCACUACUAAAACAUAAAAAUUCUUAUGCACUUAAUUUUUGAAAAACUAAUUGUUUAAUUUUAUUUUCACAGGAAGAAACUAUUCAUAGAAAGCUUCUUUUACUUGAUAACCUAAGACAUGGUCCUAAAUAGGCAAAAAAUGCUUUGUCAUAUUAUUUCAUAUAUCAUGCUUCAAAAUCUUAAUAAGCUUAUGUGAGUGUGAAUUACAAACACUCUUUAUAAAUAUUCAUGACAUAGAUUUAAGCAUUUAUGCAUUUAUAUCAUAUUUAUUAUUUCAUAGUUUUAAUUCAUUGUUACUGUCAUGAUUAGGCGCUUAAGAAAACAUUAAAGUAUCUUAUUUAGUAAUGGAAUUUUGUUUCUUAUGAAAAUAUUUAGAAGGUGGCACAAACAAUUUAAGGAAAAUAGAAAGUUGUAAGCCAAGAAAUAGUAGGAAAGAUAGAAACUCAGACUACACUUUAUAUCUCAUGAAACUAAUUGUGGUCAGUUUAGGUAAUGUUACAUAAACAAGGCUUGAUUAAAAAUGGAUAAGGUUAAUCUACCAUUUAGAAAGAAAAUAUCUAGCAUGUUGAACAUAUUAAAAGACAUUCCUCGGAUAAUGACUAAUCCAAAAAGGUUAGCAUGAAGAUACUUCAAAAGCCAACAAAAACCAAGCAAUUCUUUUUGAAUUCCAAUUGCUGAUAAUAAAUAAAAUCCGCCACAAACAUAUUGAUCAUGACUUUAAUAAGUAAUUGGUCAUUGACCUAUGGUUUAUUUUCCAUUCAUUAAAACACAAGGAAGCUUCAAAUAAUUAUUACUCUGCUUUUGGCUAUAUGAUUAAGUUCCAGUCAUUAUCAAACCAUUACUAUGAGCUAUAUGCUAAUAGAGCAUGAUCAAAUACAUGAACAAAAUGAAAUCAUGGUAGC